CUGGCGCGCGCAGAGCGUGGACCCGUUCACUGCGAACAUGGCGCGUGCUACGAGAGCUGCAGCGUUGCUGCUGUUUCUGCUGAACUCUGCGCAGGCUCAGAAGGACGCCGGAGGCACGUCGAACCGUGACAUCUGCAAGCGGUGCUGCGAGUCUGUUCAGCUGCCCUGUCCGAGUCACUGCCCGCCGUGCCCGCAAACCACGCCAGGCCAGUGUCCGGACUUUCCGGCAGCCUUCAUCAGGUGCAAACCGGGCGGCACUGUGGACAGCUGCACGAGCGACGCAGAGUGUCCGAAACAUGAGCGCUGCUGCCAGACCGGCUGCAGCCGUAGGUGCAAUCCCGUGUGCAACCCGGCCUGCGGCGCCGGCCAGAAGUGCGUUCGCGGGGGCACCCGCUGCAUGCUCCCGUCCUGUCCCCUGGGCCCGGCCCGCUGCGUCAAGGUCGGCACGGGGGCUGAAGCGCAGCGCAAGCCGGGCCAGUGUCCCCUCGACGACUUAGGGCCGUGUCCGACCAGUCAUACGGACCGCUGCUCUGGCGACGGCUUAUGUCCGGGCAAUCAGAAAUGCUGCAGGUACGGCUGCCAACGCACCUGCGUACCUCCCUGCAAGUACUCCUGCCGGAGCGGCUACCAAUGCAUACUGCCCCCCGACGUCCCCUGCCCUCUACCCAACUGCGCCAUCUCCUCCUGCCAGAGGCGGCAGACGGACAAUCCGUGCGCGCUGAUACGCUGUCCGGGCAGGUGCGUCGUGCGCGACGGAAAGCCUGUCUGCCAGCGCAAGCCUUCCCCCGGCGCGUGCCCACGCAGCAACUUCUUCGGCAAGUGCCUGAGGCGGCAGGACAAGUGCACGUCAGAUGGCGCGUGCGGCGACGGCCAGCGCUGCUGUGCGCGCGCCUGUGGCCGCGCCUGCGUGCCCGCCUGCACUCCGGGCUGUCCGAACAACGCCGUGUGCGUGUUGAAGAAGGUGGUGUGCAAGCGAGCCCCCUGCCCGCCGAUCGCCGCGUGCACCAGUACCUGUGGUCACGUGGUCUGUCCCCACGGGCAGCGGUGCGUGGCGGGUCCGCCCAGGCCCCGCUGUGAGGUCGUCACCGGGUCCACCUGUAAGAGCCGCGUAUGCUUACCGGGAUUUACCUGCCGAAUUUACCAGGGUAAACCCGCCUGUGUGAAGUAUUCUUGAGCUUGAAGGCUCACUAUGGAUAAUAAAUAUUCCCUUGCAAAGGCUCAUGUCUCACUGUCAUCGCUCGAGUUCGCCACUCCGCAUAACACAGUCUGAUAGGGGGACGAGGAUCCCCUCCCCGGGUGUUUCAAAAGAAAUGCAGAUUUCAAGAAUAAUUCAACGGAAAAUGCCAGCGAGCUGCUCUCAACGAUAUCUCU